AUGAAAAAUUAGUAAGAAUACAAAAAGGGGUACUGAUAAUGAGGAGGAGAGUCAUGAAUGCAACGACAAAAGUGACACUCCUCACUGUAUUGGUCUUUUGGAGCUGUGAAGUAGAAUGCAACCAUCCUCACCCACUUGACCCUCUAACCCCUUCGGAGCUCAACCGUAUCCGAACCAUAGUCCAGAAAUCAUACCCAACCUCAAAAACCACCAACCACAGUCUCAUCUUCAACUACGUGGGUUUGGACGAACCCAACAAGUCCCAAAUCCUCUCAUGGAUAUCCUCAAACCCCAAAAUCAAACCAUCUUCUCCACCACCUCGUCGAGCCUUCGUCGUAGUUCGGUUCCAAAAACACUCUCACCAGAUCACAGUGGACUUGUCCACUCCUUCCAUCGUCUCAAAGAACGUGUACGAAGGAAACGGGUACCCUAUGCAGACCUUCGGCGAGCAAACCGUGGCGUCACAGCUUCCAUUCAGCUACGAACCGUUUAAGGAGUCUUUGAGGAAUAGGGGUCUGAACGCGUCUCAGGUUCUGUGUGCUUCAUUCUCUAUUGGAUGGUUCGGAGAAGCCAAGAGCAAACGGAACGUGAAGGUUAAGUGUUACUACACGAAUGGCACUGCAAAUUUUUACGCGAGGCCUUUGGAAGGGGUGGCUGCAGUGGUUGACCUAGAUGAGAUGAAAAUUGUAGGCUACGAUGAUAGAUACGUGAUUCCAGUGCCAAAAGCAGAGGGUACUGAGUACAGAGCUUCUAAGCUGAAACCACCCCCUGGUCCAAAGCUUAAGGGAAUUGUUGCAGUCACGCAACACAGUGAACCUGGAUUCACCAUUGAAGGCCAUUCCGUCAGUUGGGGCAAUUGGGAUUUUCACGUAGGAUUUGACAUUAAGGCUGGUCCAAUCAUUUCUCUAGCUUCAAUUUAUGAUGUUGAAAAGCAGAAACGCCGUCGGGUACUAUACAGAGGAUUCAUAUCAGAGUUGUUUGUGCCAUACCAAGACCCAACUGAGGAAUGGUAUUACACGACAUACUUUGACUGUGGUGAAUAUGGGUUUGGACAGUCAAUGUCUUCACUACAACCUUUCACCGAUUGCCCUCCCAAUGCUGCAUUCAUAGAUGCAUACUAUGCUGCUUCAGAUGGUUCUCCUGUAAAGAUAACUAAUGCCUUCUGCAUAUUUGAAAAGUAUGCCGGUGAUAUCAUGUGGCGUCACACUGAAAUUGCAAUCCCAAAUGAAGUGAUAACUGAGGUCAGAUCAGAUGUUAGCCUAGUGGUCAGAAUAGUUUCAACUGUCGGCAACUACGACUAUGUUAUAGAUUGGGAAUUUAAGCCAAGUGGAAGCAUCAAAAUUGGGGUAUGAUUCAAUGCACUCUCAUUUUAAAUGUUUUAUACGCCG